AUGACCCCGUUCGCCCAUUCAAAAACCACGCAGCACAAUUUCCUUCGGGACGAAUUUCUUGGUCGUAUCAACGAGAUGGUCUAUUUUUUGCCCUUUUCUACUUCAGAACUCACCCAGUUGGUCAAUCGUUGUUUAGAAAGCUGGAAGGAGAAGGCUAAAAAACGGCAUUCCAUCGAUUUAACCUGGGAUCGUGAAGUAAUCGAUCUGAUCGUUGAUGGUUAUGAUGUGUAUUACGGAGCACGGUCGAUCAUGUACGAGGUUGAACGUCGUAUCAUCAGUGUACUGGCUCUGGCAGACGAACAAGGUCUCAUCCAUUCCGGUUGCAGUGUUCAGAUAUCUGUCAGUCAUAAGAGCGUGAAAGACGAGGCAUGGUUGACACCUUCAAAAUCAGCCGGGCAAGAGACGGAAAACUUGGACGUUGGUUCACAAUCUUUGGACAAGGCCGAGUCGACACAUUCACCGCCUCGUGUUAUUCUUCGUGUGACCUCAUCGACAGGUUCACAGAAAGUCUAUGACCUGACUAAAACUGCGGUCACCUGGGCUUGA